GACUCGGACGCGUCCGGCUCGCCCCGCCAGGCCCCCGGCGCGUCGCUGGGUCCCGUCGACGCCGCCGACGCCGUGUCCCGGAGCCGCGCGCCGGGACCCCCGGGCGCCGCCCGCGUCCGCAGGGCGCGCGCCGAGCUGGGCAGCGGCAGUAGCGCGGGCUCCGCGGCCCACGCCACGACCACCUGCAGGGGCCGGAGGCGCCCCUGUUGCGGCAGCGCGGAGGCCGAGACCCAGACAUGUCGCGCCGCCGGCGUCCAGCAGGUGUCGUCUGCGGAGGUGCGCAUCGGGCCCAUGAGACUGACCCAGGACCCCAUCCAGGUGCUGCUGAUCUUCGCGAAGGAAGACAGUCAGAGCGCCGGCUUCUGGGGGGCCUGCGACAGGGCCGGCUACACGUGCAGCAUCGCCCGCACGCCCGAGGCAGCCCUGCAGUGCUUCCUGGACAAGCACCACGAGAUCAUCGUCAUCGACCACAGGCAGACGCGCAGCUUCGACGCAGAGGCCGUGUGCAGGUCGAUCCGGGCCACAAACCCCUCGGAGCACACGGUGAUCCUCGCGGUGGCGUCCCAGGCAUCCGAUGACCACGAAGAGGCCUCUGUCCUCCCUCUCCUCCACGCGGGCUUCAAUCGGAGGUUCGUGGAGAACAGCAGCGUGACCGCCUGCUACAACGAGCUCAUCCAGAUCGGGCAUGGGGAGGUCCGCUCGCAGUUCAAGCUACGGGCCUGCAAUUCGGUGUUCACCGCCUUAGACCACUGUCACGAAGCCAUAGAGAUAACGAGCGACGACCACGUGAUUCAGUAUGUGAACCCCGCCUUCGAGAGGAUGAUGGGCUACCACAAGGGUGAGCUCCUGGGGAAGGAGCUGUCCACGCUGCCCAAGAGCGACAGGAACCGGGCCGACCUCCUGGACACCAUCAACACGUGCAUCAGGAAGGGCAAGGAGUGGCAGGGCAUCUACUACGCCCGGCGGAAAUCCGGGGACAGCAUCCAGCAGCAUGUGAAGAUCGCUCCGGUGAUCGGCCAAGGCGGGAAAAUCAGGCAUUUUGUGUCCCUCAAGAAACUGUGUUGCACCGGCGACAAUAACAAGCAGAUUCACAAGAUUCACCGUGACUCGGGAGACAGCACGCAAGCAGGUGAGAGUGCUUCCGGGUCACCGGCCCGCGUGGGCGGCAGGCGCGGGUGGAGUCUGGGCUGA